GCCAUUUAACCUUGGAUUUUAAUGGUAACACGGUGUCAUUCAAAAUUAAGAUGUGUAACACUGGAAGUUAACAGGCUAAAGGUAAUAAACGCAUCUGCUGAAUAUGAGUGAUGACAAACCCUUUCUAUGCACUGCUCCAGGAUGUGGACAGCGUUUUACUAAUGAAGACCAUUUGGCUGUCCACAAGCACAAACAUGAGAUGACACUAAAGUUUGGUCCAGCACGUAAUGACGGUGUCAUUGUAGCUGACCAAACGCCAACACCAACCCGCUUCUUGAAGAACUGUGAAGAAGUGGGGUUGUUUAAUGAACUGGCAAGCCCUUUCGAACAUGAUUUCAAAAAGAUUGCAGAAGAGGACAUUAAAAAGAUGCCCUUAGAUUUAUCUCCGCUCGCAACACCAAUUGUACGAAAUAAAACCGGAGAGCCUUCAGCAGUGGAGAAAACACACCAGGACAGCCCACUGCCUCAUCCAGAAUCCACUACAAGUGAUGACAAGGAAGUUUCAUUGCAGCAGAUUGCACAUCCUACAUCUACUAUAGUUCGUCCAGCAUCACUCCAAGUUCCCAGUGUACUCCUUUCAAGCUCAGAUGCUAAUGUUGUAAUACAGCAAGCACUACCAUCUCCAACAUCUAGCACUGUCAUUACACAAGUUCCAUCCACAAAUAGACCAAUAGUCCCAAUUUCUGGCUCUUUCCCUGUCCUUUUACAACUCCCUAAUGGCCAGACAAUGCCAGUUGCUAUUCCUGCCACAAUAGCAAACACCAGUGUGCAUAUGCCUACUACAAUCCCACUUGUCACCGUUGUGCCUAAUGUUCCUGGAAUUCCAGGACCCUCCUCCCCACAACCUGUGCAGUCAGAGGCUAAAAUGAGAUUAAAGGCUGCUUUAACCCAGCAGCAGCAGCAUCUUCAGGUAACUAAUGGAGAGACUGCCACUGGGCAGAGCUGCAGCACAGUGAGGACCCAACCGAAGGAAGCAUGUCUGCAAUCAUUACAGCAGCCAGCAACAUCAACUACUGAGACACCAACCUCUCCAGCACAGCCUCCGCAGCACACCCAGAGCACUGGUGGAAGGCGCAGGAGAGGGAUGAGCGAUGACCCUGAUGAGAAAAGGCGAAGGUUUUUGGAGCGGAACCGAGCUGCUGCAACAAGAUGCAGACAGAAAAGAAAAGUUUGGGUUCAGUCUCUAGAAAAGAAGGCUGAAGAUAUGAGUUCAGUAAAUGGGCAGCUACAGAAUGAAGUCACCCAGCUGAGAAAUGAAGUGGCUCAGCUUAAACAGCUUCUUCUGGCUCAUAAAGAUUGCCCCAUAACCGCCAUGCAGAAGAAAUCUGGCUAUCACAAUGCUGAUAAAGAUGAUAGUUCAGAAGACAUCUCUGUGCCAAGCAGCCCUCAAAAAGAGGCAAUUCAACACAGUUCUGUCAGUACUUCCAACGGAGUCAGUUCAGCUUCAUUGGCCGCCACGGUCCUCACUCAAAUGGCAGACCAGAGUACAGAGCCAAUGAAAACACUAAUAGUUGCAGCUCCACCCUCCCAGUCUCAGCCCUCAGGAAGUUGAUUGGAUGGAACAUGAAGUCAUGUUUUCACUUCUAACUAUAAAAAGGGAAACGGGAACUUAGGAGAAAGCUUUUUUUCUUUGUUUCCUGAAUUCAAAGCAUCAAACAUAACCUUAAUUAGAGCAAGUGGAGAUGCUUGAAAGCAAAUGCCAGUUUCUUUGCAAAAUUCAACUGAAUGUCUCUUUCUUUUAUCACUUUUUAUGUUUACCACAUAUUUGUAAAGAAAAAAAUAAAUCUCUGAAAAGGUCUAGAAAUAUAAAUUUAGGAUUAACAGAACUGUGUAAUUGUGACAUUCCUACCAAACUGUUCCAGGGCUUAUGUUUGCUUUAUGUAAUUGCACAUCCCACCUCAGCCACUGACUCACUGUGUGACCCUGAGCAAGUCGCUUUACUUCCUUGUGCUCUGUCUUUCGGGUG